CUUUCAAAUUAAUUAUUUCAGCAUAAGCUCGACCAUUAGGUAGGCCACAUGUUACAAGAAGAUCAUCGAAACCAUCACUAUUGAGAUCUAUAUUACGACAACAAUCGACUACUUUAUUAUUCACAUCUUGUAUACAGUAAACAGCAUUAAGAUUUCCACAAAUAGUUGUAUGCAAUCUUAAUAUUAAUACCCAUAGGAUUAUAAUGAAUGAAUUGUUUUUUCAUAGUAUUGAUGAUGAAAUAGAAAAUAAUAAAUUUCAUAUUACCGAUUAUUGA